AUGUCCAAUACCAUCGAGCUCGCACAGACUGCGAAGCGGGACUACCUCAUCGAUCUCGAGAAGAAAUACCAGGCAAAAUGGCAGUCCGAAAAGCUCUUCGAAGUCAAUGCACCAUCGCCUGUAGAACUUGCGGGCUUGUCCAAGGAGCAAAUACAUGAAAAAUUUCCCAAGUGGUUCGGCAACUUUCCCUUUCCCUACAUGAACGGCUCUCUCCAUCUCGGACAUGCAUUCACUAUCAGCAAAAUCGAGUUCGCGGCAGGCUAUGAACGCAUGCUUGGCAAACGUGUCUUGUUUCCCCAUGGCUUCCAUGUCACCGGCCUGCCCAUCAAGGCCAGUUCCGACAAGAUCAUCCGGGAGAUGAGUCUUUUCGGGAGGGAAUUUGAAAACUUUGGCGAGGUACAAGCAAAACUGGAGGCCGAAAAGGAGGCCAAAGAGAACGAGGAGGAAGCUAGGGAUCCUGCUGCUGUCGACAAGUCCAAGGCAAAGAAGGGCAAGCUUCAGGCAAAAUCCACGGGCCAUACAUAUCAGUUCCAAAUUAUGGAGAGUAUCGGAAUACCUAAAUCCGAAAUCAGCAAGUUUGCGGACCCAUUGUACUGGCUGGAGUAUUUCCCUCCCAUCGCAAUCCAGGACAACAAUGCCUUUGGUUCGCGGAUUGACUGGAGACGUCGCUUUUUGACGACCCAGGCGAACCCGUAUUAUGAUGCGUUCGUGAGAUGGCAAGUGAACAAGCUGCAUAAACAGAAUAGAAUUAAAUUUGGCGAAAGGUAUACCAUAUAUAGCGAGAAGGACGGUCAACCGUGUAUGGAUCAUGAUCGUCAGGAUGGCGAGGGUGUGGGCCCGCAAGAGUUCACAGGCAUCAAGCUCGAGGUUCUAGAGUGGGCACCAAACGCAGAGGCCAUUAAAAGCAAGGUCGGCGGGAGAAAGGUGUAUAUGGUGGCGGCGACCUUGAGACCGGAGACCAUGUACGGUCAGACAAAUUGCUUCGUGGGUACAAAUCUCAAGUACGGCGUGUAUGCAGUCAACGAUGCGGAAGCGUUCCUAUGCACACAUCGCGCCAUGAGGAACAUGACAUUCCAAAAGAUUACCAAAGAACAUGGCGUUAUCGAGCAGCUUUCAGAAAUAGAGGGUCGGGAUCUCGUUGGUACGAAAGUGAGCGCUCCGUACAGCGUGUACACCCAGGGCGUCUAUGUCCUACCGAUGGAUGGCGUCCUGGCAACCAAGGGUACCGGAGUAGUUACCAGUGUCCCUUCCGAUUCUCCUGACGACUGGGUCACCGUCGCUGAUCUCAGGAAAAAGCCUGAGUACUACGGGGUCAAUCCCGACUGGCUAGCGGGUCGCGAAGCCGUGCCGUUGAUCAAGACGAGCUAUGGUGAUAUGGUUGCUGCCGAGGUUGUUAAGAAGCUAAAAAUUAACAGCCAGAAGGAUACGAAGCAGCUCGCGGAGGCAAAGGAAAUUGCGUACAAGGAGGGCUUUUAUAGUGGCGUCAUGCUCAUCGGCAAGUAUAAGGGUGAGACGGUGCAGGACGCUAAACCUAAGGCGAGGGCUGAUAUGAUUGCUGAGGGUCUUGCGUUUGCGUACGCAGAGCCCGAAGGCGUUGUUACCUCGAGGAGUGGCGACGACUGUGUCGUUGCGUUGAUGGACCAGUGGUAUAUUGAUUACGGCGAACCUUCCUGGCGAGCAGAGACGGAGAGGCUGGUUGCCAGAAUGGAGAUGUACACACACGAGACGAGGAAUGCGUUUGAAAAGGUAUUAGCCUGGCUGAACAAGUGGGCUUGUGCUAGGACGUACGGCCUCGGUUCGGACUUGCCCUGGGACCCUCACUUCAUGGUAGAGAGUCUGAGUGACUCCACUAUCUACAUGAGUUAUUAUACUGUGGCGCAGUUGCUGCAUGAAAACAGUAUCGAUGGCUCGAAACCGGGUCCUCUGGGCAUCAAACCCGACCAGAUGACGGAUGAGAUCUGGGAGUAUGUCUUCUGCGAUGGUCCCUGGCCUAAUCCCGCGCCCAUGCCCCAAGGAAAAGCCGACGCUUUGAAGCACGAAUUCAACUACUUUUAUCCGUUUGACAUACGGUCGUCUGCGAAAGAUCUUAUUGGCAAUCACCUAACCUUUGCGUUGUACAACCACGUCGCACUAUUCCCCGAGGACAAGUGGCCUUUGAGCAUGCGCACAAAUGGUCAUCUAAUGCUGAACGGAAAGAAGAUGAGUAAGAGUACCGGAAACUCUUUGACUCUCAGGGAGGCGACGGAAAAGUUUGGCGCAGACGCGACACGGCUUAGUUUGGCGGAUGCUGGCGACGGCAUCGAAGAUGCGAAUUUUGAGGAGAAGACAGCGAAUGCUAACAUCCUGCGGGUGCACACCUUGCUGGCAUGGUGUGAGGAAAUGAUAGAGGACGAGAAGAACCUUCGGCACGGCGAGAAGCUGUAUCACGACCGGGUGUUCGAAGAAGAAAUCAACGAUCUGAUCAAUAUUACCCAAAGUCAUUAUGCAGCAACGAACUACAAGGAUGCUCUAAAAUACGGCUUUUACGAGCUCCAAGGCGUGCGGGAUUGGUAUCGAGAAGUUACCGUUGACACCGGUAUGCACGGGGAUCUCAUCAAGUACUGGAUUCAAAUCGCCUCCUUGCUCAUCGCUCCAAUUGCACCUCACUUUGCUGAACACAUCCACUCUGCGAUCCUCAAGAAUCCGACGUCGAUACAACUCGCCUUGUGGCCUACUCCCUCGAAACCUGUUGAUAGGACACUCAUCGAAGCGGGGCAGUAUAUGCGCGGCACGACCAAAAUGAUUCGAGAUGCUGAGACGAGUUUGCUGAAGAUGCUAGCCAAAUUGAACAAGGGCGGCAAGGGGGGCAAGUCUCAGCAGACUUUUGACCCAAAGAAACCAAAAAGUGUCAGAGUAUACGUGGCGAAAUCUUUCCCUGAAUGGCAGGAUACGUGUGUUGGCAUCCUGCGGGAGGUCUACGCUGAAAAAUCAGACAAGUUCAAUGAUGCCAAGGUGAAGGAGCUGUUAAUACAGAAAGGGCUGAUUAAGGAUAAGAGGGCUAUGCCGUUCAUACAGGGCUUCAAGAAACGCAUACAACAGUUUGGCGCAGAGACGGCGUUCCAUCGCACUUUGCCAUUCUCUGAGAGCGCCGUCCUGGCGGAGAUGUUGUCAUAUCUGAAGAAAACCCUUUCUCUGGUUGAUGCCGAUAUUUUGAGUGUCGAGGAAGCGCUAGAGAAGCAAGAAGCUGGGUUCACAAAGAGCAUAAUAGAGUCGUCGGAGCCAGGAUGCCCAACGUUUGAGUAUCGGAAUGUAUGGAAGCUCUAG